GACCAAGAAAAAAAAAUCCCCAAAUUCAGAAUAGGAACCCUAAUUUCCCCCGGCCAAUAUCUCUCAAGUCUCACCUUCCCAUAGCUGCUGCCCAAACCACCUCCGACCACCGCUCCGCCCAUUCCCGACCACCGGCGACCACUCCGGUCUCCGGCCACCGUGUUUCUGGUAAUGGACUAGUGUUGUUUAUCUUUGUUGGGGACAGAUGCUGAAUCACGUGAGCAGAAACAAUAGCUGGUCAUGGCUAUCAUCAGCAGUGAGGCACUACUCUAGAAUUCAGCCCCCAAGGCCUGUUUGUGUUGAACCAGUAAUCAGAGUAUCUAACAACAUUGCCCGCUUGGAUGUGCCCAAAGAAGGCCCAAAACCCAGACAGAUACUAUCAUUGCCUCCUUUUCCUGGUCACCCCUUGCCUGGUGCUUCUGGGCAGCAGCGUGAUCAUGUCACAGCAGUCAAUUGGAUUAAGUAUUACUUCAAGGGCACAUGGGGUUCCGUUAUCGAGUCUCAUUUUAGGAAGGGGCUUGUGCAAAUGGAGGACCUGAUUGCUGCCGACUCUUUCACUCAGAAGGAUGAGCGGAUGAAACCUAUGCGAAAGAUGAGACCUAAUGACGUAAUGAAGCCUGGAGCCAGACUUCACGUCCCUGUAUCAAUGGCUGAGACUAGGAUUUCGAAAAGAUAUGAUGCAAUACCAAGUGGAACACUGUAUCCAAAUGCUGAUGAAAUUAAGUAUCUGCAAAGGCUUGUGAUAUACAAGGACUCUGCUAUUAUUGUGCUGAAUAAACCUCCAAAAUUGCCUGUCAAGGGUAAUCUUCCAGUUCAUAAUAGCAUGGAUGCAUUGGCUGCUGCAGCACUGUCCUAUGAUUAUGAUGAGGGUCCUAAACUGGUUCACCGUCUUGACAAAGAGAGUAGUGGCAUCCUAUUAUUUGGGAGAACAAAAGAUAGCGUAUCUCAUCUUCAAUGGUUAUUCAGUAACAUUAACAGCGCAAAAUCUUCUUGUAAGGCUUGGAAUGAUGCAUGUGAAGCUACAUAUCAGAGGUAUUGGGCAUUGGUCAUAGGGACUCCCAAUGAGAAGGAAGGCAUAAUUCACGCUCCUCUUUCUAAGGUACUUCUGAAUGAUGGGAAGACUGAGAGGGUCAUGCUAGCUCAUCAUUCAACUAUAGAACCUCGCCAAGAGGCUGUGACUGAGUAUCGAGUGCUUGGUCCAAAGAUAAAUGGGUGCUCAUGGGUUGAGCUGCGUCCACUUACUUCCCGGAAGCAUCAGUUGCGUGUCCAUUGUGCUGAAGCACUCGGCACACCAAUAGUAGGUGACUAUAAGUAUGGCUGGUUUGUGCAUAACCGAUGGAAACAAAUGCCGAGAGUCGAUAUUGAGCCAACAACUGGAAAACCAUACAGGAUGAGGAGGCCAGAAGGCCUAGAAGUUCAGAAGGGAAGCGUUUUGUCCAAGGUCCCUCUACUGCAUCUUCACUGCAGAGAACUUGCGCUCCCCAACAUUUCUAAGUUUCUGCAUGUUUUUGAAAAGAGCCCUGAAGAACUGCACCCUUCACUUAGGGAGCAGCCUGAUGUUCUUCGCUUUGUUGCAACAAUGCCUUCACAUAUGAGGAUUAGUUGGAAUCUUAUGUCUUCGUAUUUAGUUUGAGAAAAAGUGCAAUAUUGAAUUGGUUGAUUAACUAUGGGAAAAGAAAUAGAUGUCAUUAAGUUUAGGGAGGUCUGUUAUUUUUUGGCAUUUAAGAUUUCCAUUACUACAGCAUAAGAGGUUUAGGUCUAAUUAAAUUUUAGUAUUGGCAUAUGAUUGAAAAAAUCAAGAACCUGUUUCCUUUGUAUUCUCAUUUUCUAUCCCGCUAAUUAAAAUAAUUAACAUUUCAGUUA